GCUGGAAUGACAAAUAAAAAUAGAUUUUAAUGGACUCGACAACAGCCACUGCAGAGUUGGGCUGGACUAUAUACCCGUCGUUAGGGUGGGAGGAGGUGAGCGGCUACGACGAGAACCUGAACACCAUCCGCACCUACCAGGUGUGCAACGUCUUCGACACCCACCAGAACAACUGGGUGCGCACCAAGUUCAUCCUCCGGGGGGGAGCGCAGCGCAUCCACGUGGAGAUCAAGUUCUCCGUGCGCGACUGCAGCAGCAUCCCGAACGUGCCCGGCUCCUGCAAGGAGACGUUCAACCUCUACUACUACGAGGCCGACUCGGACAUCGCCACCAAGGUGUCGCCGGCCUGGAUGGAGAACCCCUGGAUCAAGGUGGACACCAUCGCCGCCGACGAGAGCUUCUCGCAGGUGGACCUGGGCGGCCGCGUCAUGAAGAUCAACACGGAGGUGCGCAGCUUCGGGCCGGUGUCGCGCAAGGGCUACUACCUGGCCUUCCAGGACUACGGCGCCUGCAUGUCCAUCAUCGCCGUGCGCGUCUUCUACCGCAAGUGCCCGCGCGUGGUGCGCAACGGCGCCGUCUUCCAGGAGACGCUGUCCGGCGCCGAGAGCACCUCGCUGGUGGCGGCCAGGGGCUCGUGCAUCCCCAACGGGGAGGAAGUGGACGUGCCCAUCAAGCUCUACUGCAACGGCGACGGCGAGUGGAUGGUGCCCAUCGGACGCUGCAUGUGCAAGUCGGGCCACGAGUCGGUGGAGAACGGCACGGUCUGCAAAGCCUGUCCCUUUGGCUCCUUUAAAGCGGCCCAAGGGGACCACUUGUGUCUGAAGUGCCCCAUCAACAGCCGCACCACCACCGAGGGGGCAACCAACUGCGUCUGCCUAAACGGCUACUACCGCACGGACACCGACCCAGUGCAGAUGCCCUGUACCACGAUCCCCUCUGCGCCCCAGAACGUGAUCUCCAGUGUCAACGAGACGUCCCUGCAGCUGGAGUGGGGGUCGCCGCGGGAGACGGGCGGGCGCGACGACGUGGUCUACAACAUCAUCUGCAAGAGCUGCGGCGCCGGGCGAGGGGCCUGCACGCGCUGCGGAGACAACGUCCAGUUCGCGCCGCGCCAGCUGGGCCUGACCGAGCCGCGCGUCCACAUCAGCGACCUGCUGGCGCACACCCAGUACACCUUCGAGAUCCAGGCGGUCAACGGUGUGUCCGACCAGAGCGUCUACUCGCCGCACUUCUCCUCCGUCAACAUCACCACCAAUCAGGCUGCCCCAUCAGUUGUGUCCAUUAUUCAUCAGGUCAGCAGGUCUGUGGACAGCAUAACACUGUCCUGGUCUCAACCUGACCAACCCAACGGGGUUAUCCUUGACUAUGAGCUCCAGUACUAUGAGAAGAACAUGGCCGAGGUGAACUCCUCCACCACGAGGAGCCAGACGAACACGGCGGUCAUCCGCGGCCUGAAGUCCGGCAACAUCUACGUGUUCCAGGUUCGGGCCAGGACCGUGGCCGGCUUCGGACGCUUCAGCGGAAAAAUGUACUUCCAGACCAUGACUGAAGAGGAGUACAACACUAGUCUGCAGGAGAAGUUGCCUCUCAUCAUCGGGUCGGCGGCUGCGGGCGUCGUUUUUCUCAUAGCCAUCGUGGUUGUCAUCAUCGUAUGCAAUAGGAGGAGCAGUGACAGGACUGAGUCGGAGUACACAGACAAACUGCAGCACUACACCAGCGGCCACAUGUCUCCAGGAAUGAAGAUCUACAUCGACCCCUUCACCUACGAGGAUCCCAAUGAGGCUGUGCGCGAGUUCGCCAAAGAGAUUGACAUGUCCUGUGUGAAGAUCGAGGAGGUCAUUGGUGCAGGUGAGUUCGGAGAGGUGUGCAGCGGGAACUUGAAGCUGCCGGGGAAGAGGGAGAUCCUGGUGGCCAUCAAGACGCUCAAGUCGGGCUACACGGACAAGCAGAGGCGGGACUUCCUGUCGGAGGCGAGCAUCAUGGGCCAGUUUGACCACCCCAACAUCAUCCACCUGGAGGGGGUGGUCACCAAGAGCAACCCUGUGAUGAUCAUCACCGAGUUCAUGGAGAACGGCUCCUUAGACUCCUUCCUCAGGCAAAACGACGGGCAGUUCACCGUGAUCCAGCUGGUGGGCAUGAUGCGUGGCAUCGCGGCGGGCAUGAAGUACCUGUGCGACAUGAACUACGUGCACCGGGACCUGGCCGCCCGCAACAUCCUGGUCAACAGCAACCUGGUGUGCAAGGUGUCCGACUUCGGCCUCUCGCGGUUCCUGGAGGACGACACAUCUGACCCGACCUACACGAGUGCACUGGGAGGGAAAAUCCCCAUCAGAUGGACAGCCCCCGAGGCCAUCCAGUACAGGAAGUUCACCUCCUCCAGUGACGUUUGGAGCUACGGCAUCGUCAUGUGGGAAGUGAUGUCAUAUGGGGAGAGGCCUUACUGGGACAUGAGCAAUCAAGAUGUCAUCAAUGCCAUCGAGCAAGACUACAGGUUACCGCCCCCUAUGGACUGUCCCACAGCAUUGCACCAGCUCAUGCUGGACUGCUGGCAGAAGGACCGCAACAACCGGCCCAAGUUCAGCCAGAUCGUCAACACCCUGGACAAGAUGAUUCGUAACCCCAACAGCCUGAAAGCCAUGACGCCACUCUCAUCAGGUGCCCAUCUACCUCUGCUGGACCGCUCCACGCCAGACUUCUCCAGCUUCAACACCGUGGACGAGUGGCUGGACGCCAUCAAGAUGGGCCAGUACAAAGAGAGCUUUGCCAACGCAGACUAUGUCACCUUCGACGCCGUCUCCCAAAUGACCAUGGAUGACAUCAUGAGAAUCGGUGUGACGCUGGCUGGUCACCAGAAGAAGAUCUUCAACAGUGUCCAGAUGAUGCGAGCACAGAUGAACCAGAUCCAGUCAGUGGAAGUCUAACACACACUCACACACACACACACACACACACACACACACACACACACACACACACAUACUCUCUCUCUCUCUCUUUCUUUCUACUGUAUCUGUCUCUCUCAUAUAUAUAAACACACACAACACACACACAACACACACAUACACGUGUAGAGGAAGAAUGGAGGGAUACCAGGUGUGUGCCCCCUGGAUGGCUCUUCCUCCUCCUCUUCCUCCUCCACCCCUCUCUCUCUCAGACUGGCCUCCCGAGCCUCCCAAUCCUGCAGUUCCCAGUGGACACUGCUCCUGUUAGGAGCUCCUUCACACCCCACCUGGCCUUCUCCAUCUUCUCCACCAGCACCCUGUCCUACUUCCCCAGCCUUGAGCUCCACAGCCACCAGCACAAACCAGACCAGACCAGACCAGACCAGGCGGACCACUCCGAGUCUGCCCUACCCAGCGGCCAAAUCAGUGACUGUCAACAAACAACAAAAGUCCUCAGAACUGUGAACCAGCUCACUGUCAUUAUUAUUAUUAUUAUUAUUAUUAUCAUUAUUAUUGGGCGUUACGUGGAAUCACUCCUGGACUAGAAGAGCUAACCGUUUAAGAGACAAGGGCGCAUUUUAUGCAAAAUUUGAACAUGAGUUACAUUUGGUAAUUUACCAGUAAAUCUCAUUCAAAAUAUGUAACUAAACUAUUGUUUUUCCUUAAAGCACUUACAUUUUGUUUUCACAUUUUUCUUUUGAACUUCUCAGAACAUCCAUCUAAAUAUGCCACUUAUGACACCGUCUUUCACAUAUCAGAGGCACUUUGAUUUCUCAUGUCAGACAUGCCUGCCAGUGCUUUGCGGUUUGAAAAAUGUCUUUGAACAAUCUCCUUUCUCUUGAACUCUUCUGAUGUGACCAUGUGCACCUUAGUGGAGAAAGAUCACUGUUGUCACAACACCCCCUGUGGCUGUUUUUUUUUUGUCAAAAAAAAAAAUGUCGAGACGGUCCCUUGUAUUUUAUUUUUAUUUAUAUUUUUAUUUUGUUGUUUAUGUUCUUCUGAUGUUUGGGAUAGUGCCAUAGUGUGCGUAAUAUUCCCUCCAGCGACUUUUUAAGACAGCGACUUUGUUUUUUCUUGUUAAGUAAAGGGUGCUGUGCUGUCAGUCUGGUAGUAUAGACGCUAACGGCAGCUCGUGACGCCUAAUGAGCAGGUGUGGAGACCUCAAGGGGAAGUGAUGUGAAGACACUUUAUGAAUCUUUUCUCAUAUUGUUUAGCUUUUCUUUUUUUUUCAAAUCAUCUUUUAUAAUGACGCUUUGUGAUUUUUAAUACUGGAACCUGUCACAUGAUAAAAAAAACAAAACAAUGUCUUUUCUGGAGGUGUAGUUUAGAACAGUUGAUCUGUACAGUUGCAAGACGUGUCCGUUGUCAUGAUGUUAUGUACAUACAGUAAACCGUUUGUUAUAUUUGCUACAGCUCUUGUGCACACUAUCCCUAGGUGUGCAUUUUGAUGAAGUUUUAUGGAUCGAAGAGACUUUUUCUUUCUCCUCCCUGUUUUUGUCCUUGUUGUUUUGGUCGGUCCUCUUGGUUUGGCUUUUCAGAGUAGUCAUGAGAUGUGUGUGAAUCAAUCUAGUCUUCAAACUGACUGGAAUUGGAGGUACUUUAUAAACACAACAAAAAACUGGGUGUCCCAGUUUCUAAUGAGCGUUAGCGUGUUUGGUCGCUCAGCCAGCCCCCCCCAACCUGCUGAGUCACAUUUGAGUUGCGUAUUUCUUCUUUUUGAGUCACACAUCAUCACAUGGCUACAACUAGCUGAAGCGCCACUGCUCACCGAAUCAUAACCCUCUGUGUGUCCCAUCGUGAAAUCUCCCCUCUCAAUUGGCUGUCUUUGCCUAUCUGAAUGACUCCAAAGAAAAAGGCUUACUGUUUGAACUAUAGCUUAGAAGAGCUGUAACAUCCACAAACUGUGAGUAGUGGAGAGGCCCAUGUCUGUUAGAGCACUGCCCUCCAGUGGAUUAUCUUGGAAGCUCACAGCUUGCACACUCUAAAAUGUCUCUCAUGACCUAAAUAGACCGGGCCGAGGACCAAAUAACUCAUGGUUCCCUGCGCCCAUCCAUCCAUCCAGUCCUCUGUCAUCACUGAUCAGUCGUAUGUCUCUGGCGUGCUCUAUUCAUAGUGUACAUAUGCCACUGACGCCUACAACUCCUCAGAUGAAUGAACGCGCUGGAGACGUUUUGUGCACUUAUGUGUCAAAAAUGUGUUUUUUUUUUUUUUUCAUUGAUUAGGAGAUGUUUGUUUGGUCUCCAAAUACAGGUGCUCCCAACCAUUCACACUGUAAUGGAGAACUGAGUGCCUGUGAAAAAAUUCACUGUGGUAGCUUUUCAUCAUAUUUGUAAUAAUCUGCUGGCCAAAAAUUGAUCCGAUUUUGAUGAAUAAUAAAUUGAGUUGCAGGUUUUUUUGGAGGUUGCAAGUCUUACCAGCAAAAAUGAGCAUCUUUGGCCAAGAUGUUGUUGAGAAGCUGAAAAUGAACUUUGGUAUUCGGUUUUUAGUUGAAGGGAUUUUUGUCCAGAUGGGCAGUUUACCACUUUUUAAACACAUGGUGCAUUUGCAAUAUCUAAAAGACGCUUAUGUGCAGUUUGUCAUUUUAAGCCAACAACUGGAAAACUGAUGUAAUAUUACUUUUGCCAUUGUGUUUAUGAUAUUUAUUGUGUGUUGCUGUGUUCAACGUCUCAUUGGCACUUGCAUUUUGGGAUACAGAUACCUCUGACUGUCAGUUUGACCAUUGUUUUUGUAGCAUUCACACUUGAAAAAUUGUUAGAAUGCUUGCUAGAAUGACUUUGGGUUUCUGUUUGCUUUGUAUUUUGCUACCACAAACACAAUUUUACAUGAACAAAUAUGUUGGGAAUUGCAUGCAAAGAUCUCAAGUCAUUGCACCUCAGACCCGGUUCCCGGUUCUCAGACCCAUAGGUACCGCGAGAGAAAUUUGCAUUUUGGAAUUAAAUGUAUUCACUCUAAUGUGGAAAUCACAUGACAUGUCUCCAUUUGGGAACAUUUCCAGAUUAUUUUUGUGUAUUUUCCAUUUUUAUGAGGAAAUGCA